CAUUGCCCCUAAGCUAAUUAUGUAUUCAAAAAGUUCAGCCAAAUGCAUUGUGGUUGUGGGUGCUCGUAGUGACGGCAGCCGUUGAAACACUAACAUAACAGGUAGGUUUCCUAAUAAAAGCCUUCAAUGUUAGUUUAAUCAAUUUAUACUCAAAUGUGUGUCAUAAUAUACCCAACCAUUUACUUAAUUUACUACGAGCAACCCCGAAGGCAUUGGACUGAAAGUCACUAUUUAACACGGUCACUAGCUAGCUAGUUUGCUAACAGUUAGCAAGCUAACAUUUUCAUCCACUGUAAACCACGAGGUGCGGAGGAUUGUGUGUGCUCCCUCCGUGCUCUCCUCGCUGCUGCUGAAUUAAGAGACCCGCUGCUAAAGUUUAACACUCUCCUUCACCCAGGUUUCAACCUCUUUAUACGGUUUCAACGAGCGUGAGGCCACACACACGGGACGGAGCAGAGCAGAGACAGGAGAGGAUCCCUCAAGUCUUGAGCACUUGAGGCAGACAAUUGUUGAGGAAGUCAAGAAGACUGAGAUGGACCUACCCCUCAUUAAAAAGAUUAUGCACACCACAUUUGCACUGCGGCGACAGACCAUAGUGAGGACAUGCCCGGCAGUGAACGAGCUCAUGGACCUCUGGCCUGCUCUCAAAAUGGAGUCUGAGGUGUAUGCAGAGUUCCAACGGAUUACAAACCAGAAUCUGCCCAACACGUUCUACGCUGCUUUUGACCGCCAUCUUCCUCGACUGAUGGCCAUAUUUAGACAGAAGGCGUCCAAAUCUGGGAAGACAGCUGAGGCUUUGGCUGAAAUUUUAAAAAUCCACGAUGAACAGGAAUUACACGACAUCAACACCAGGCGUACCACCGUUAUCCAUGCCCUUCCUGUGUAUCUGCAAGAGGACACCUCUGGAUUUUUCCGAACCUGCACAGAAGAGUCCGAAUCAGAGCUUGGAGGUGUUGCAGUGGCCCUCCUUACUGUCACCAGUGACAAUGGCACAAGUCAAGUGCAAUAUCAGCCUGUGACCAUCUCUGUUGUCAUCGAAAAUGAUAUUGUGGUCAGCCUCGCCAGACUUGCAGAUGCAUUCCUGGUAAUGUUUGGACUAAUUUAUGCACUACACCUCAGCUAUCCCAAAGGACUGACAAACACUUUCGAGUUCACUCAGAAGGUUUUACUUGGUCUGGAAGAUGGUAAAUUGUCGCCCAAGUUGCAGACCCUCAAGAAUGACUUGCUGAUGCAUCUGUAGAAAUCCAUCUGAAAAACAGGUGGGGCAUUUUAAGGCAUUUUGCCUCUACUUCAAAGUGAUUUCCUUCUGAAAUAAAAAUGUCUUAAGAAAGUUGCUGUACCAGUUGCUGCAGGUUUUCAGCCAGGUGGUCAAGCUGCUCAAUGUUCUCUUUUACUUGUACAUGUUGUAUUAAUGUCAAAUGUGUACUGUUUACCAUUGUUCACAUCAAAGUAUCUUUGAUUUUGAGGGAUGACUGUUUGUACUUUAAUAAUACCAAAUAUUUCUGAUUAACCGGCAUAAUCAUGUGAAUGUGUGUUUAUGCGUUUGUUUGUUUGUUGUUGUUGCACUUUAACUCAUCCAGAUGAAGAUUUGAUACUUGUUAAUGUAAUUCAUUUACAUUUUAGAGUUUUACAGUUAAAGGGUUCAGACUGUCAUUGUGAUUUUAUCAAAGUUGUUGCUCUAUUCAGGUUUUAACCAAAAUGUGCCAAAAGUACAAUUGCCUUUGCAUUUUUUUUUAUGACUACUUAUUUUACUGUCUUGUAAAUGUUAACAGGACAGCAUGUUAAAUAGGAGGGCUAGAAAAUAAGAAAUGUAGUAAAGCUGUUCAAGUUAGUCGCACUCGAUUCAAUUGAGGCAAUCAGUUGUGUCAAUGUUUUUAAGUUUUAAGUUAUGUGAUUUUGAGUUGACUAAGUCAAUGUGUUUGGUUUGGUUGAAAUAAUAAAGAUUGAGUUCUGUUAACCCAAAAAAAAAGACUUUGAGUACUUAUGUCUUUAAGUUCUGGUAACUUAAUCCAUUAGUAGAGGUGAAUUCAAAUGUUUAAGUCACAGUACCUGAACAUAUUUGAGUUGACUUAAUAAGCCAUUUUAAUUUUACUGUAAUCAAUAGGUACAUGUAGCAUUUAAUCCAAUUAUUUAAGUUCUUAAAAAUUGUAAGUUUUGAGUUGAUUAACUUAAAAUACUUGAGGCAAUCAGUUGCUCUCAUUUUUUUGAGUUAAG